UGCAGUGUCUUCUCUUGUUGCGGAGCACAGGCUCUAGGCACACAGGCUUCAGUAAUUGCAGCACGUGGGUUCAGCAGUUGCGGCACGUGGCUCAGCAGUUGUGGCACGCAGGCUUUGUUGCUCUGUGGCAUGUGGGAUCUCCCCGGAUCACGGCUCGAACCCGUGUCCUCUGCAUUGGCAGGCAGAUUCUUAACCACUAUGUAAGGAGAUCUUUCUAAACAUAAACCUAGUUUGCUGUCUCCAGCACACACCCAACUCCUUUGCUGGCUCCCAAAGCCAUUUACAACUGGAUCACAGCCCUCUUCCAAUCUUGCCCUAUUCCAUUUCUCUGCAUUCUGUACCAGGCCAAUGGCCAUUCCUCUAGGCAACCAUAUAUUUCCUAUGGUCAAACCUUUGCUUAUACUGUUCUCUCUGUCUGAAAUAACCUAGUCCCCUAUUUAGGUCAAAUUUACACACCCAUCCUUCUAGGUCUCCCUGAAGUGUUCCCUUAUCAGUGAACUUCCCAACAUCCGCAGGCUGGUUCAGAGCAUCAUUGUGCUCAGGACCCCACGUAUUUCUCUCUCUCCCAGCACUGAUGAAUCUGGGGUCCACUGUCUCUGCUAGAUGGUGUGCUAGACACUCUCCGGGACCCAAGGAGGGUUAGUAGGAUGUACGGAUGAGGGUCUUGGUCUGGGGCAAGUACUGAUGCUGACAGUUCCCUUCGCCUCGAUUCCAGGCUGUGAGCAGGAUGCGGCCUGCCGCUCCGACGCGGACAUGCUGGACUACCUGCUGAGCCUGGGUCAGAUCAGCCAACACGAUGGCCUGCUGGUCACCUGGUACCAUGCUGCCAACAGCCAGAAGGAGAUGAGGGCUGCCCUCAGCAGUGACGCUGUGGCCCUGGAGGCAGACGUCACGGUAGAAGGGCUCGGCACAGUCAACGAGACAGGGGUCCCCAUCAUGGCGCACCCCCCAGCCAUCUACAGUGACAACACCCUACAGCAGUGGCUGGAGGCCGUGCUGGCCUCUUCCCAGAAGGGCAUCAAACUAGACUUCAAGAGCAUCAAGGCCGUGGGCCCCUCCCUGGACCUCCUGCGGCAGCUGACCGAGGAGGGGAGAGUUCGGAGGCCUGUGUGGAUCAAUGCUGACAUCCUGAGGGGCCCCAACAUGGCCAUCCCGAUAGAAGUCAAUGCUACACAGUUCCUGGCCUUGGUCCAGGAGAAGUAUUCUAAGGCAACCCUGUCUCCAGGCUGGACCACCCUCUACCUGCCCCUGUUCCCAAACGGGACGUAUACCCGAGCCAUGGUAGAGAAGAUGCAGGGGCUGGUGGAAGGACUGCCACAGAAGGUCACCUUCCCUGUGCGGGCUGUCAUGGUGCGGGCUGCCUGGCCCCACUUCAGCUGGCUGCUGGGCCAAUCUGAGAGGUACAGCCUGACGCUGUGGCAGGCCACCUCGGACCCCGUGUCGGUAGACGAUCUCCUCUAUGUCCGGGACAACACCGCCACCCACCAGGUCUACUAUGACCUCUUCGAGCCUCUCCUGUCGCAGUUCAAGCAGCUCGCCAUGAACCCCUCACGGAAGCAAAGCUACUACACGGGAGGCAGCCUGAUCCCCCUUCUCCAAUUCCCUGGGGAUGAGGGUCUGAGCGUGGAGUGGUUGGUUCCUGACAUCCAGGGCAACAGGAGCACAGCAACAGUGCGACUCCCAGACAGAGAAGGCAUGAUCCUGCUGAAAGUUGGCCUCCAGGAGCCUGCAGCUGGGGACCCCGUGCCCAUCGUACGUGCCCGAGAUGGCCGUGCCCUGACACUGGAGUUCUGCCUGCUGCAGCUGGCCACGCGCCCCGGACGCUGGGGCAUCCAUGUGCACAUAGCAGAGCCCACAGCCCUCCGGCCAUCCCUGGCCACACUGGCCACCCUCUCCACCCUUGGCCACCUGCCUAGGCCUGUGUGGGUCGGGACCACAGUCUCCCACGGGAGUUUCGUGGUCCCUGGCUACGUGACUGGCAGGGAGUUGCUUACAGCUGUGGCCGAGGUUUUCCCCCAUGUGACGGUGGCACCAGGCUGGCCCGAGGAAGUGCUGAGCAGUGGCUACAGGGAACAGCUGCUCACAGAUAUGCUGGAGCUGUGCCAGGGCCUCUGGCAACCCGUGUCCUUCCAGCUGCAGGCUGGGCCGCUGGGCCAGAGCACGGCUGGAGUCGUGGCCAGGCUGUUGGCAGCCUCCCCCCGGGCCACUGUCACAGUGGAACAGAGCCCUGGCUGGGGCAGCUAUGCAUCUGUGCGGGCAGUGCUGCUGGCAGCCAGGGCCGUGGAGAGGACCCGAGUCUACUACAGGCUACCCCAGAGUUCCUACCAAGACUUGCUGGCGGAUGUCGGCAGAAAGUGA